UAAAUUAGUUCCCUCCCCAGUAGGAGGGAAAGAAGGGGGAGGGGGAAAACAGCAUACAGUCUCAGGCUGGGUACCUGGUAGUUAGUUGUACGUUCGAAACCUGUCGCUGUCCCUUGCGAGUUUCGCAUCUUCCAUUGUCACCGCAGAGGAACGAGCGCACCGAGAUAACAUCAGUGGCCACAUUCUCCGCGCCAAGGCGCUGCGCUGCUUCCGCCCGGGGUGCGUCUUUGGCCCUCGGUUCCGGGUGUCUAGCAGCUGCGAGGCCGCUGUGUCCACCCAGCCCCGGGAUCAGGUUGGCGGUUCUCAACGAUGGGCAGGAGGGACCUUGGCGGUGACCCCUAAAACAAUACCAUGCCCCGGGAUCCCCGCUGCUGCCGCGCCAGCUUCUUCCCUUUCCACCUCCCCGACCCGGUCGGAUUCGGAUGAGCGCACUGCGAGGAGACACGACGGCCGCCAGGACUGUCAUAUGCCAGGAUAGUUCUGGAUCUUAGAGUGCUCUGCCCUCCAGGAGCUUUGGCUUUUGUGAAAGUAAUGGGACAUCACCCAAGCAGUCAAGUGUCUGGUGGUCCUCUACGUCAUUUCUUCUAUUCAUCUAAUGGGGCCUUGUCUUCUUUUUGCUGAAUGAUACAAUAAUAAUAUUUGAAGAAGAAACAUGUUUGCCGCUACUCUGAAGAGUUCCACUAAUAAAACCAGAAGAGUCUAGAGAUUGCAGAUUGAGCUUAACCAAGAAGUUCAGAGUCUGAUCAACGCUGAACUGAUCUACAACACGAGAAGGGAGUUCUAGUUCUGCCUGCCCAGUUGGGUCCCUGAUGACUGCUGAUAACUUGGCUUCACUCAUUGCCUAUGUGGAAAAUUCUCCCUAUUGAAUUUUUUUUUUUUUCACAUGGAGGACAGUAACAAAGAAGACAACAUAGGCUGAUAAAACCAGAGACCACAGGAGAAUUCUUUUACCACAGGCUUUUGAGACUUUUCCUGUAGUUGGAGUUCUGGACGUUAACAGAACCCUGUCCAGUCAUUUUGGUUUUGUUAUAUAUAUAUAUAUACAUAUUUUUUUUUUUUCUCUUUUUACUUUCCCCACCACCUUGUAUUUUGUUUCUGUACUUCAGAAAUGGGCCUACAGACCGCACAGUGGCCCAGCCAUGGGGCUUUUUUCCUGAAAUCUUGGCUUCUCAUCUCCCUGGGGCUCUACUCACAAGUGUCAAAAAUCUUAGCGUGCCCUAGUGUAUGCCGCUGCGAUAGGAACUUUGUCUACUGUAAUGAGCGAAGCUUGACCUCAGUGCCUCUUGGGAUCCCGGAGGGUGUAACCGUACUCUACCUCCACAACAACCAAAUUAAUAAUGCUGGAUUUCCUGCAGAACUGCACAAUGUCCGGUCCGUGCACACGGUCUACCUUUAUGGCAACCAACUGGAUGAAUUCCCCAUGAACCUUCCCAAGAAUGUCAGAGUUCUCCAUUUGCAGGAAAACAACAUUCAAACCAUUUCACGGGCUGCUCUGGCCCAGCUCUUGAAGCUCGAGGAGCUUCACUUGGAUGACAACUCGAUAUCCACAGUGGGGGUGGAAGACGGGGCCUUCCGGGAGGCUAUUAGCCUCAAACUGUUGUUUCUAUCCAAGAAUCACCUGAGCAGUGUGCCUGUGGGGCUUCCUGUGGAUUUGCAAGAGCUGAGAGUGGAUGAAAAUCGAAUUGCUGUCAUAUCAGACAUGGCCUUUCAGAACCUCACGAGCUUGGAGCGUCUGAUUGUGGACGGCAACCUCCUGACCAACAAGGGCAUUGCCGAGGGCACCUUCAGCCAUCUCACCAAGCUCAAGGAAUUUUCAAUUGUUCGGAAUUCACUCUCCCACCCUCCUCCUGAUCUCCCAGGUACACAUCUGAUCAGGCUUUACCUGCAGGACAACCAGAUCAACCACAUCCCUUUGACAGCCUUCUCAAAUCUGCGCAAGCUAGAGUGGCUGGAUAUAUCCAACAACCAACUCCGCAUGUUGACUCAAGGGGUCUUUGAUAAUCUCUCCAACCUGAAGCAGCUCACUGCUCGGAAUAACCCCUGGUUUUGUGACUGCAGCAUUAAAUGGGUCACAGAAUGGCUCAAAUACAUCCCUUCAUCUCUCAACGUGCGAGGUUUCAUGUGCCAAGGGCCCGAGCAAGUCCGGGGGAUGGCUGUCAGGGAGCUGAAUAUGAAUCUUUUGUCCUGCCCCACCAUGACCCCUGGGCUGCCUGUCUUUACCCCGGCCCCAAGUACAGCCUCUCCAACAACUCCGCCCCCAACCGUCUCUGUCCCUACCCCCAGCAGAAGCUAUACACCCCUGACUCCCACCACCGCCAGACUGCCUACAAUUCCUGACUGGGACGGCAGAGAAAGAGUGACACCGCCUAUUUCUGAACGGAUCCAACUCUCUAUCCAUUUUGUGAACGACACGUCCAUUCAAGUCAGCUGGCUCUCUCUCUUUACUGUGAUGGCGUACAAACUCACGUGGGUGAAAAUGGGCCACAGUUUAGUAGGGGGCAUUGUCCAGGAACGCAUAGUCAGUGGUGAGAAGCAGCACUUGAGCCUGGUUAACCUAGAGCCCCGAUCCACCUAUCGGAUUUGUUUGGUGCCCCUGGAUGCUUUUAACUACCGAGCUGUGGAAGAUACCAUUUGUUCUGAGGCCACCACACAUGCUUCCUAUUUGAACAAUGGCAGCAAUACUGCUUCCAGCCAUGAGCAGACGACUUCCCACAGCAUGGGCUCCCCUUUCCUGCUGGCGGGCCUGAUCGGGGGCGCAGUGAUAUUCGUGCUCGUGGUCUUGCUCAGUGUCUUUUGCUGGCACAUGCACAAAAAGGGGCGCUACACGUCCCAGAAGUGGAAAUACAACCGGGGCCGGCGGAAAGAUGACUAUUGUGAGGCAGGCACCAAGAAGGACAAUUCCAUCCUGGAGAUGACUGAAACCAGCUUUCAGAUCGUCUCCUUAAAUAACGAUCAGCUCCUUAAAGGAGAUUUCAGACUGCAGCCCAUUUACACCCCAAAUGGGGGCAUUAAUUACACAGACUGCCAUAUCCCCAACAACAUGCGAUACUGCAACAGCAGUGUUCCAGAUCUGGAGCACUGCCACACGUGACAGCCAGAGGCCCGGCGUUAGGAAGGCAGACAGUGAGACUCUGGCAACUACACACGUGUGUACUCAGAGAGACACGCAAAUUACAUUUGAUAAAUGUUACCCAGAUGCAUUUGUGCAUUUGAAUACUCUGUAAUUUAUACGGUGUACUAUAUAAUGGGAUUUAAAAAAAAAAAAGUGCUAUCUUUUCUAUUUCAAGUUAAUGACAAACAGUUUUGUAACUCCUUGCUUUUUAAAUCUUAAAAAAAAAAAUAGUCGCUGAAGUACUGUACAGGGUUGUACAAUGAGAACCCAACGCCAAGGCAAAAGAUGGAGUGAUUCUUCCUCAUGAUGCACAUUAACCAUUUUGCUGUGGAAGCUGUCAGAAUAAAUUCCUUUCUUACAGUCGGUGGUCAGAUGAAAGGGCAGAUUAGAAUGAACUCAUCAGGGUAGGCUAAGUGAUGUGGGUAAAACAAGAAAUGGCGCGGAUACCUUCAUGCUAUUUCUGAACUUUCUGAUCUGGAAGAGAAGUUAAAAAUCUCGAAAUAUCAGAAAGGAGGUAGUUACCCUGCUUUGACCCAAAGCAGGAAAUAUAGAAAAGCAUCACAAGGAAGCCCGUUCCUGUAAGAUAAGUUAACCCAACCUGGCAGAAUCCAGCAAGUGACAUGUUUGGAAAAGAACUUCAAACCCGGGCGUUGGCUUUCUGACUAGGAGCUUAAAAAUCACUCCUCAUGCUUCCCUGAUUCUAUGUGAUAACAGAGUUAGAGACUUGAGUCUGAUUUCAGUCAUCUUCAGGGACAGGUAGGAUGUUCCAGCAAGAAAACUCCCUUUAAAAGUGUUACUAUUCAAAUCAUAUGUCAGGUUGAAUCACAUUCAACAGAGAUAUAUUCUAGAAUACUUUUUUAGAAGAGGCUAAUAAAAUAACGGGAAGAAUUAUAUUGAAUGGAAUUAUUUUUGAUAAUGAGAAUUAUUUGGGUAGAUUCACUGCAGCUAUGUCAACAUGAUAUUUAGACCAAGAGAUUAGUGUUUGGAAUAUACUAAACUUGUUAUUUAAAAACUAUUGAUACCAUUUAGACAAAAACAAGUGAUCAGCUAUUCUGCUCUACUUUAUUAAAUGACUGUGUUAGUAUCAUGUUGAAAUAGCUUGAAUUAAUACCUUUAUCCCCUAACAAAUUUGUCUUCCAAUCACCUCACAUAUAUUUUCGUAAUUAGCUGUUUAUGCUACAUUUGUUUUUUUGUUUUUUUUUUUUCCCACUCUGCUUAAAAUUUGAAAGAAAAUUUUGGAUGCCAGUCUUGGUUGCACAAAAUAUCCAUAUAUACUUAUACACUUUAAAAUGUAUAGUAAUUUUCAGUGUUAAUAAUUCCAUGGGAAUACAUCAAAGCUGGCUGAAAUAAUGUUUUGUUUUGUUUUGUUUUGUUUUUUUUUAAGCAAUACUGAGUUUCCACCUUGGACUGACUUUGAUCCUGUUCCAUUUUUGAAAUUUCAUUUAUUCCUUUUCAGUCUUGGAUGUUCCUCUUCUUUGGGAAUCAUAGAGGGAUAAUCAAUCUUUUAUUAACAGGAUAACAUGAAAAAUGAACAAGUCAGGGAACAUAGGCUUGUUCCCCUAAUCUUGGCAGAGUGGGGCAUAGAGCAGAGGGCAUAGAGAAGGGAGGGAUGUCAGUGCUUAACUCUAGAGACUUUGGAAGCAAUGCCCAUCUUCACAAACUAUGUAUAAUUUACUCCUUUUCAUCCCUUAGAUGUAGAAGGGCUAUCAAUCGCAUACAUUAUCUAAAAAACACACACCCUUGGAAAAUUCCUUUUAAAGUCAAAUUUCACCCUGUGUUGCAUAUUUCUUUUACCACUGGCCAUUUUUUAAGGACCUAUGAAGUUAAUGUCACAAUCAUUUUUGCUUUUCUCUCUCUCUCACUUUUAACAAAAUAGAACUGUGAUGUGUCUUCUUUGUAAGAGUUUAGGUAUAAAAUGCUAUGCAAGUUUUUUCUUUAUAGUAAGAGCUUUAUUUUCUUUAAUAAUGUACCCCCAACUUAUAUGUUUUACUCUUCCUUGUCCCUCAGAAUAAGCAGAAAAUAUAACUGAAGUUAUAAUGUUGUAGAAGCAAGAAUUGAAACCACAGUUGAGCUGAAAUUAGCUAUGAAUUAAUUUGAAUUAAUUCUAAAGUGACUUAGGUUUCCAUUUUAGUAUAUUAGCUAGCAAAUUUUGGCUGUUGCUUUUUUAAAGUUAAUUCCACACAGCGAAGGGACAAGACAGUCUGUGAAGGUGAUCAGUGUUACUGGUAAGCCAUGUAACAUUCAGGACAAUGACAUGGGGUUUUCUGUACUUAACUGGAUAAUUCCCUUCCACUGUGCUCUUCCCCUUGGCUGUGUAGAUAAAACUCUGUGUUCAAAUGAUGGUACUUUGAUUUUUGAGGGUUUUUUUCUCUCUUAUCCACAAAAAAAUCAUUCUCAUUUAUUUCUAUUGUGUGUAUAACCCCGGCGCGAUAUUUGGCUGCUGAAACGUUUUUGCUUUGGGCGAAGAAGACCAAUGUUGGAGAGGUUUCUAUGACGUCUUAUAUUCUCAGAAUUAUUUGGGGCUUACCUGGUACAAUGAAGACCUAGUCACUUGAAAUGGUUCCUUUGCUAGAAGAUGUUCCAGAAGAUAUAGAAUGUAGUAUAGGCUUCACUUUGAUCUUGUACACAAUGUGGCAGAGACUGCUAAAUCUAAGAUCUCCCAUUUCUCAUAACAUACCCAGGGCUCUCACUUACACCAGGAUAGAAAGCACAUCACGGGAUUUGUAAUGUCUUACGUGUCUUAGGAAAACUGCUGAAUAACCAACCAUCAGUGUUGGGUUAGGCUUUGACUGGCAUUUUCAGUCACGGGAAUGUGUUCUACUCUGUAUUUUAGCCUCUCUUGCUGUCAUUGGUUCGUAUUUUGAGAUUAGUCAAGAGUCACAGUUGAAGGUGCAGGCCAAGUCUGUGAACAAAGCCAUACAUAAGCGACUGGCUUAUAAAGAGCUUGAUAUCAUUUGACCAAACAAGGUGAUCAGAUAAUACACAGCCACUUUCAAAGCUAGAGAACUGUCACUGUGCAGAGGCAAUUCUAAAAGGAAAAGGUAUAGCCAUGGUCACACAGAUCUUAUUGAUCGUUAUUCCAGCCUAGGGUUGUCAUUAAUACCUAUCUGUUUGGGGAGAUGGGCUCGAACAGAGAGAGGCUCUGGGCUUCCCUCAAAAAUGUAUUAACACCUCAUCGCAAAAGACAGUCACGGGCAGGGACAAAAAGUGUGUUUCCCUGCCUAAUUUUCCCAUGUGAGAGGCGGAAAACAUUCUAUCCCAUGAGAAAUAAUGCAAUUUCUAGUUAUCUGAAUGUUCAUUGAAAAUAUAUUAGAUAUGUUCCCUGAGGUAAAAACAAACACAAACAAACAAACAAACAAAAAAACAAAAAAAAAAAGAAAACCUGUGAUGUGACUAGUCUGGCAAAAUUAUUAAUGAAGUAGCUAAUUCUAAGGCUCCGUUUCCUACCAGUGCAGAUCAUGAUGGUCUUAGUCAUUUCACAAGAUCACAACCUCCUUCCCCUCUGUGGAGAACCAGCUCUGCAUGUAGCCAGCAGGACACCCAGUCCAAACAUAAGUUACGGGGAACAGUUGCUGCGCUAGUUUAGGGAACAUCAGCUGGAGAGCUCAGUGUCACUUUUGAUCACGAAGGGUUAAUUUCCAUUGACAUCUUUGUUUAUAGCAUUUUUCGGGAACCUACAACAAGAAGACAUUACUUUAGAACAUGAGAAGAAUGGUUUUGCCCAUGAUUUUCCUGCUUCAUGGGCAAGCUAAGCAGUUUCUUUGUGCCCCAAAGGGAAAGAGAUACAAACACAAAACAAAACACUCUCCUAGUUCUUAAUCUUUGUCAAAACUGGCCUGAUGUUCUUUUUUUUUUUUUUAAGUCAAAAUACUAAUGAAGAAUGCUAUAGCUUACACCCUUCUCUGAUUUCUUCAGCAGGGUCAAAAGACAAUUGCUGGCAAUGGGGAUGCUUGUCACAGAUUGUGGGGAGAAAGAUUUGUACAUGUAUGAUACUGUUGUUAUAACAAACGGAUCAGAUUCUUGUGCUAUGGUUUUCAUUUUUCUUUUUCUAGUGUCACAUCCACCAGAAGAGCACAAAGCAAGGCCAUCGCAACAGGCAUUUUUAAACUAGCAUGAAACACACACACGCAUGCACACACACACACACACACACACAAACACCGAGGCAUUUAUAAAGAUAUCCACGGGAUGUAAGAUUUAUAAUCUUUUUGAGGCAAGGUGAAGGUAUCGCCACUGUCUGUCCUUCCUAGGACCAGUAUAUAUUCACUGAAAGUUAAUCCCGAUGAUUUGUUAUUGUUUGAACCAUAUGUUGAUUUGCUUCUGGUUUAUGUUUAGUGUGUUCUCACUGACAAGGGACUGCAAGGGCCUGGAAGAUUCUGCAUUACACAUCUUCUGAGACCUAGCAUGUCGUACACUUUGUUAACUACAAACUUCACUCUACACUAUACAGUACCUUGUUGCCCUAUUCAGUAAAAGCUUAUUUUAAAAGAAAAACACAUUGCGUUUAUCUGAGUAAGUUCAUUGGGUUACAGCCAAUACUUGUGUUGUUAUUGUUAAAAAGAAAUGUGGGAUGCUUCCUGAUGAUGCAGGGAUGAAGAAAGUAGUAGGAUUUUUCCUUUUCUCCUACCUUGAAGACAACUUGUAUUUUUUAAGGUCAUUUGAUCCUUUUUGUGUGAGGGGUUUAAAUGACAUCUUCAUGUUCUUUUCUAUUUCCCAACUAGAUUGUGUGUUUCUAUGAAUAUCUUUUCAGUAUACACACAUACAUCAAGCAUAUUGUUUUGUAUUUGUGAAAUCUGUGUUGUUUAGGAUAGAGAUAAAUACCAAUGUAGUUAUCCAAUCAGAAUCGUCUUUUUCCCUAUUUCAAAACAUAAGCUAUCAGUUUUAACUGUCAAUUUUCCUUACAAAUUCUCAUGGUACAUUUCUACUACAGAUUUCUUUAUAGCUCAUCCACCCAUACUUACAAUGAGCAUUCAUGAAAAUGUAUCUAUUCAUAUGCUCCAGUUCAACUCAGAUUAAUCUCACAGUUUGCCAGAGCCCUUUCUCUAACUCUUCUCGGCCAUUUCACUAAUAAUAUAUUUGACAGAGAUUAAAUCAGGAAAUAAAAUCAUGACACUUCAGUUAACUAGUGUUAAUUAUUUGUAGACUAUCUAUUGGAAAAUUAAGUAUGAAAGACGGUGGUAACAGGUGAUUGAUAUUACACUUGGGAGAUUUUAUGUCAAGUAAUGUCCAGGCAACUGUUAGUUACUUUUACCAAGAAUUACAGACCUUACUCUGUGAAGACCAGACCCUUAGUCAAGGAAUACAAUUCAUUAAAGAAAAAAAGUUUAUUAAAAUCCUUCUACUUUGUUCCAGGCACGUGGCUGAGUUCAGAAGUUUCAUAGAAGGAUAAAAUACAGUCUUAGGCAAGUCAAUCAUAUCUUCUACUUCCCUGUGUUACUAAAGAAAUCUGUCCAUUCAAAGUAUUUACUCCUCAUCUACUUUCUACAGAGUACUAUGUUAGAUUCUUCUGGGGGAUUCGGAGAAAAAUAUGACUCUGCUGCUAAAGAGCUCAUAGAUCAUGCAAUAAGCUCAUUUUCUAACAUAUUCCAGAGUCUCAGAGACCGUGUAAUAACUUUACAUUCUCUCAAACUCAACAGAGUGUCUAAGGCGACAAAAAACAAAACAAAACAAAACAAAAAACAAAACAAAACAAAAAAACAUGUACUUCUUGGUAAAUUUGAUGAUGCAUUUGUUGUAUAUAUUAGAUGAUCUUGGUGUUUAAUAGAUGACACAAAGUGGUAGUGCACUGAUAAAAUUAGAAUUUAAUUUGAAUUAAAUUUUCUAACAUAUACUACGUGAUUGAACAUUUAGGAAUUGUGUUUGGUAAUUAGACUUGCAACCUUAAAUUUCCAUUGGGCACCUGAAUAUAAAUUAAUCUAAAACAAGAAUAAUGGCACAUUACAAUUAUUGAGCACCUAUGUAAGAACAUAUUCAGAAUGCUUUGAUACAUGUGAUCACAUUUUGUCUUUAACCAUGUAAGGUACUUUAUCAUCAUUUUUCAGAUUGUAAAACUCAGCUUCCUGAGAAGUAUAGUGAUUGGUCCAUGAUCACAAAACCUGUAAAUGACAAGAGUCGAAAUUAACCCUAAACGUGACUCUUAGACUCUUAAUGAUUUCCUGUCUCUUAAUAAAUUGACUAGCUUUAAGACUGACUAGGCUUCAAGACAACUUCUUUGUCAAUGGUUAAAAUUUGUGAUGAUGGAGAUAUCACGACUUCACUCAGUGGAUGCAUAUAUUAAUUAUUGUUCAUGACAAAUCAAGGAAUCAUUCUAAAAACCUGAAAAUAUCUGUCUUUUAAAUCCCUUGGUUACCCAUUCUUGUUUUUUUUAAUAGAAUUUCUAUGUCUGUUAUUAUUGGGUGGCUGCACAUUUAUCUGAUUUGAAAGCUUUGGACGGAAUCAAGAUAUACUUAAACCCACAGGGUGAGCUGAAAGAACCAUUAAAAGGACUUGAGUCAGGUUAUUUUUAGUAAUGAAUUUGUUUCAUACUUGAGAGGUUGCUCGAAGUAUUUUGUAGAUCCAGCUGUAGAUGCUCAUAUGUCAGAAUCUAUUAGGGCCUGACCAAACUGGCUUCUGGAUUUACGCUUUUUUUUUUUUUCUUUUCAUAGCACAAAUAGAAAACGUGUGCUUUAGAGGAUAUUAUAGGAGCUUUGUUUUCAUUAGUUAUACUGAAAGUUAAGGAUAAAGAAUUUGUAAUAAUACACUCUAAAACAGAUGCCUUUUUAGCACACACACCAACUGAUGAACCCAUUUGCCCAUUUUCUUGGUAUGAAGUCUAAACUAAAUGAAAAAUUUAUUACAUCCUUAAGGAGAUUCUGAUCAUUUCAAUGACAUAACCAACUUCCAUAUUGGAUCAAUGUAUCCUUAAGCAAAUAUAAAUUUGCCCUGGUUGAGAGUCUGCUAAACUCCCUGAUUUGGGUAGUAGGGGCCUUUGUUAGUUUCAUUUUGUUUUCAUUCCACAAAUAAUUGCUGAGGUCUGGUAAGUUUUCCUGAAUAAGACUGUUUUCCAGGACAGUAAACUUUGCAUCAUUGAAAAUUUUCCCUGGAAGUUACUGGCAUUCAAUACACGGGCUAAACUUUUCCCACUUUUUUGCUUUCUUUAAGCGCUCACACUCUUACGUUUAAAUAAUCUGGCAACAUUUCUAAUUCCAAUACUUGUAAGAUUUCGUGAAUGUAUUUUCUUCUCUCAGUUUCCAAACUCUGACAUAGUUAAGACCCUUCCCGUGGUCUCUGGUCCACUUACACCUUCCCUAUACCCUGUGGGACAAAGGAUAAUGAUCUGUAAAGAAUGCCUGAUUGUGACACUGUCUUUGUUUCCAUUGCCAUGACUUUAAGAGAGAAUUCAAACUCUUUGUAUGAUGCAUAUGUCAUAUAUACAUUGCUCUCUGACAUUCCUUACCAGUAUGUCCUCCUAGUUCAUUAUGUGCUCUAGAAAUAGAUCCAUAUUUGAUAUGAACAGAGUCUAUUUCCAAGGAACCUCCAACUCCUUCAGACUGCUGUAGUUUUGCUGAGGGUCUUUUAUCCUAUGACAUUGACUUUCUCCUUUGCUUAGUGACUUGUUCCUUCCUCAAGAUACAACUCAAGGGCCCCCCCCUUCAGGAAAUUUCUCAAAUCAUAUCUGUCAAUUAUCUGAGCCCUCUGUGCAGCUAAUAUAACUUUAAAAUACUUUUAUUUAUGGCAUCUCUAUGUUGUGGUUUUUCAUGGAUCUGUUUCUUGCCUAUGCUCCAAGCCCCUUGGAGACAGAGGACAUAUACUCUGUCAAUUGUUGUAUCUCAUCCAGUGCUGAGUAUAGUGUCCACUUUGGCAGGUGUUUAGUACACGCUUUUGGGUAAACUGUGAAUAGAAUGUGUGGGACCCUGCUGUGAUAUCAGACUCCCUGUGGGGUCAGGCUUACCCAAACAGCAGCAGCUCAAAUAAUAGCUACCUUGUCAAUCUUCUAUGGCUGGGUGCUUUUUUAAAAAGCCUCAGAAUGUUCUGUGGCAUUCUGGAUUUGUAGAAUUAACCUUGCUCAAAUGCCACAAUAUGCACUUUAUAAGAAUAAACAAAAUAUACAUUUUCUAAAAAAAAAAAAAAAACCUCUUGUUUACCCAUGACAAUUUCUAUAGAAAUUGUUGUUUUCAUGAUUAUUUGGUAACCACACAUUUUUUCUGAUUUGAAAGCUUUAUUACAAAAUCAGGAUAUGUCUAUACCCACAAGGAAGGCCGAGAGAACUAUUCAAAUGAUUUGAAGAACAUACUUUUUAAUAUUUUACAGACAACCUAAAAGCUCUGAACCAACUUGCAGAAAGGCAUAUAAAGAGAUACCUCGAUGAACUGUCUUACAACAAAAUGUCAUCGUCACGAAAAGUACCCGAAGUAUGGUUAGACAUAAAGUCAAAGUAAAACAUUUUGACAGUUUGCUAGUAGUCAGGAUGAAUUUUUCACAUGUAAAACGCAGAAGUGGAUUAUUAUUUUUUUGUUUCCAUCAGGAAUAUCAAACAGGACAGCCAUUAUUCACUGUGUCAUAUCUUAUAUCUAAAAUACGGCAUGUAUCAUUUAGAGGUUCACAUCAUAUUAUCUCAGUUAUUUGCUACAAGAAUAAGUAGUUCUCUUCUAGAAAUGAUAUUCCCAUAAAGGAGGCAGGGGAGGUGGUAGUUAAUAAGAACUCAGACUUGAAACAGGCUGACUUAUUUUGGAAACCUUUCUCUGCCCAUUGGCUUUGUUCAUAAUUAUACUUUAUGGUCACCAGGUUCUUCUACCUGAAAUAGAGGUAGUGAAGCCAGACACAUAUGGAGGAUGUCAGAACUGCAGGCAUGGAGCACAGUAGGCAAUGUCUCAGACUCGAGGAAGCACGGAGUACGUGGCAUUGAGCACCACGUAUUUUUCCAGACAAACCUCAUUUGCAAGCACAGGGUGACAUAUUGCCAACUUUAUAUGAAGAGACCAAACUUUGUGUGUAUUAAAAUCAGAAUUAUAUGUAAGAGUCAUCUAUUCAAAAGUAAUUAGCAUCUCAAAUUCCAUGUAACCGCUUACAACCGUUAUCAGUACAAGUCCAACAGGGGUUUUUCCAUUUUCCCUAUUCUUUUCUUUUUUUUUUUUUUCUGGAAAAGUUGGGGAAAGGGAGGUGCCAUCAGGUAGCACAGAGCCCUACCAGGUCUUCUAUCUCAAGACGGAUGGGACCACUCAGCAGCACUGUUGAAUGGAAAAAAGAAUAGACUUCUUUAUAGUGUAGCUAACACAUUUCCUUUCUGAUCUUCAGAACACAUAUACAUGGGAUUAUUGCUGAAAGUUAGUUCAGGAGUAUCAAAUGCAUUCUAGGACGGAGUGCUCGGAAAACAUUGGGAAAUUAAAACAUUAAAAGUCAAGAUAAUAAUAUUCUGUUCAGGAAUCUAUAAUGUUAAAUGGCAAAGUUUUAUUUCAUUUUACUCCAUGACCAACCAUAAGAUCUACAGCUGCACUUGGUUGGCAGCUAGUGGGGUUGGUAGCCACCAACAGGAAGAGCAUUUUAAUGGGUUUGCAAUACAGAUGCAAUCGUCUACCAGCUGUCACUGAGCUAACUUUUUGCAAUCAAUGCCAUUCUUAAUUUUGUAAUCUAGUUGUAAUUAAGAGGCAUGCAUCCUCUUCAGAUAGGUCAUACUUUUUCCUCUUGUUCACUUUCUGUCAAUGAUAGUUAAAAUAGUCUCAAAGCAGCUCACUCACUGGGGUCCAUAUUAGCAUUAUUUUCCUUUUUAUCCUGCCAUUCCUCAUUUAAUAAGUGAAGGAGAUGAGAUAUUCAGAUGCUAGGUGGGAAAAUACGUUCUCUUCUAGUUCUUGAGUGGAGAGUUUAAUUGGUUUCAGGGCAGUUAUUCGGCAGGUAUAAAUCAAUACUUGGCAUUCCCGUGGUAUAGAGCCAAUUUCUCUUCUCUCCUCUUUGGGCUGUUUUGAUAGAUUGCCCCCCAGCUCUUUCUAUUGUUAAAUAUUUUACAUAUUGGCCUCAUUAGUUGAAAUACAGUGCACUCCACUGGUGUAUCUGGAAAAACGGGAACCCGUGCUUUGCAAUGGAGGCCAAUCACCUCUGACAGAGAACAGCAGUUUCUAUACAGACUAUUGUAUGGGAGCUAAAUUACUGAACAUGAGGAAUCCCUCUGAGUCUGAGUUCAAAGCUGUCCACAGCUAGAGUUACCCUUGCUCCGGUCCAUACUAACCUUGGCCCUUGAGCAUAUUUAUGCUUCAGUUUUCUUUUUUGACCAUGGGGUAAUUACAAUACUUACGUCUGCAGCAAUCACCCAGCACAGGGCCUGACACAUACUCAAUGUCAGGUACUUUCUGAAAAUAUAUGGAGUUAAUGUCCAGAAAGUUGGGUUACAUGGCUUGGGUCUCCCUUGGAUCAUGAGUAAGACCACUCAUCUCUCCGGCUUGUUUCGACUAGUCAAGAACAUAAGACUUUGGUUGAUUUUUUAAGUUCUUUUGGACUUAAAAUCUGUUUCAUCCUUGUCAAUUUUCCAUGAAGUUUAGCUGUAGUGAAUUGGGCUAAUUUUUGUCAUAUGUUUUUAUAUAUUUCAGAAAGAUUUGUAUAUGAUAGAAAACAGGGAGCAUGUAAACACUCAGUUUCAUUGACUUUAUUACAAAGACUAGCAUGCCCCCCAUUAGCAACAGCAACAGUAAGCUCAAUAGGUUUGGGAAGCAAUAUGCACAAUUAUCAAAAGAGCCGUGGAUCACAAAGAACUGCCACUUUGUACCUGUGUGUUAUUAUUUAAUGUUUCUAAGUUUCACUGCCCUUAUAUGUGAAAUGGGGUAACAGUACUUGUGAAGAGUCAACAAGAUAACUUAUGUCAAGUGUUCGGUGCAGUGACGGAUUCAUUCAACUCAUCGUGGCUGAAAAUUGCAACGAAUAGAAAGAGAAGAAAGUGGAAACAAAACUCAUUCUUAUUAAUUCAAUUAUCUUUCCCUCAAAAGAGGGAAGUUCAAACUAUGUUACUAAGUAGACAUAUUUAUAAAAUACUUUAUUUCAAUAAAAAUUAAAGAUAGAUUUCCCUACAAUAAAACUUGUAUAAAGCAAGAUUGUUUCUUAAAAUAUUGAGUGCAUCUUCUAUCUUUGUAAGCCUUUUAUGUAAUAGCUAUUAAACUUUAAAUAUUCAACAGAAAAGAAAUUAUGAGAAGAAUACCCAGGAAAAUGCUGACUGAUAAAUGUGCUUUAUUUUUGAUGAAAUAGAACAGAUUUUAACACUGACUGUGCCACUUCUUAUCUUUGAACCUUGAAAAAGUAUACAAUUCUGAUCUUAAAAAUAAAGAAUGAAUUUUUAGAAUAA